GGCUCACCAACGAACAAAAUAAAGAAUCCACCAGUAAACAACUCACAGAUGAACAAGAACCUACCAGUGAAUUUGAAUUUAAUGAGGAUAAACUUUCUGACGAUGGAUAUGAGUCUGAUAAUGAUGAAUUACGAGCAGAACUCGCCAAUAUGUUAAUAAAUCAUGCUCGAACUCACUCUAGCAUGCAAUCGUUAUAUGUUCUUGAGGAAAAGGAGAGGUAUCACAGAUUUACAUUACCUCUUAGUUUGUACCGUAGUUGGAUAGUUGAGGAGGAAAAAUCCAAAAGCAUAAAUUUUGUGAAAAAAAAUGGAACCUAUAAGAAUAAAAAUGGAUCCUGGUCUGAAUAUUAUCUCUGUUCACACGCAGGUAGUAAGCAAAUUAGGAAUGAUCAUGUAGAAGGAGGUGUUUCGCAAAAAAAAAGGCAUAUACAAAAAGAAUCAAAGAAAGUUGGCUGCAACAGUGCAUUGCGUAUUCGAUAUCAACCAUCUUUUUAUAAUGAACUUGUUAUCGUUAAUUAUUGGUAUAGGCAUAAUGGGCAUAUUCCUG